AAGCCCUCGGGGCAUCUGCAGAGCCCCUCGCACCUCACCCCACCCCACAGUAUGCUAGGAGCUAACUCUGGUGUCAUCUUCCUGCAGCAAACCAUGAGCCCAUCCAUCUGGGCGGACAUCCUCACUGCCAUCUCUCCAGGCCCCAUCUGACUCGUCUCAACACCUGCAGGUCCCAGAACCCAAGAUGUAUCCACUCUGGAGUCUCCUCAUCCUCCUUGGAUUGCUGGCCUUGCCCUCGGCACUGCCCCCGCAACCUUGGCCCAGCUUGGCUGCAGCCCACACAGACAGCAAAUCCACCCUGGCAAGAAUUAUUGCCCAGGGCCUCAUGAAGCACAACGCAGAGGGCCGAAUCCAGAACCUCCACCUCCUGAGCAGUCUGAACACCUCUGGUCAGGCGGUCCCCGGGAUGAUGAGCUGGCUGAUGAAUGGCUUGAAACUCCAACAGCAGCAGCUGGAGAGCAGCCUCAACAUCACCAACAUUCACCUGGACUACGGUGGGAUCCAAAUGUCUUCCCAUCAAGAGUGGCUCUCGGCAAACAUCUCACUUGACUUUGACAUUGAACUGCGAAUGCCCUUCAGUAACAAGAUCGUAAGGAUGCAUGCGUACAUGAGCCUCGUGGUUGAGUUCUGGCUGGAGAAGGACGAGUUUGGCCGGAGGGAUCUGGUGAUGGGCAAAUGCCAUGCAGAGCCCAGGAGUGUCCACCUGAUGGUCCUAACUGAGUCCAUCCCACCAAACAUAAAACAUUUUCUCCGCAACCUCAGAGAGAAUCUGGAACAAGUUAUCCCACACCUGGUAGAAAGUCAGGUGUGUCCUCUGAUCAGUGAAACCCUCAGACAGCUGGAUGUGAAACUGUUGAAAAGCCUCAUGGGCUGCUGUCAGUGAGCUCCCAACCAUGAAGUCAGCCAGCCCUCUACGGGCCAGCCCUGAGGUCCUGAGUUGCCUAUUGUCAAUCCCAUCUUGGGACCUUGAGUCUCUCUCAUAUGGAGCUUCUGCUGUCCCCAAAAAACUUUUACCCCAGACCCAAUGGGUAUCUGGUCCUCUCCCACAAUAAACUAUAGCUCUGAGUCCCCCCUCCCCGGCCUGGCCCUGAGUUUA